UGUCACCGGUGUUCAUUGACGUGGCUGCGGUGAGGUCCGCCAUUUGUUGUUAGUUUCUUGAAUUUUGAUUUAUUAUAUAAGCUAUAGAAAUAUCCCUAUUUAAUAAUGGGAAAUAUAUUUACCAACCUCUUUAAAGGCCUUUUUGGCAAAAAAGAGAUGAGAAUUCUUAUGGUAGGAUUGGAUGCAGCUGGUAAAACGACAAUUCUGUACAAGCUAAAGCUGGGUGAGAUAGUCACAACAAUUCCAACAAUAGGAUUUAAUGUAGAAACGGUGGAAUACAAAAACAUUAGUUUUACGGUGUGGGAUGUUGGUGGUCAGGACAAAAUUAGACCACUGUGGCGACAUUACUUCCAAAAUACACAAGGUUUAAUAUUUGUGGUGGACAGCAAUGACAGGGAGCGCAUAGGUGAGGCCAGGGAGGAGUUGAUGAGAAUGCUGGCCGAGGAUGAACUCAGAGAUGCAGUGCUGCUGGUGUUUGCCAACAAACAGGAUCUGCCCAAUGCGAUGAAUGCUGCAGAGGUGACAGAUAAACUGGGCCUUCACUCUUUACGUCAACGAAACUGGUACAUCCAGGCGACGUGUGCGACCAGCGGAGACGGGCUGUACGAGGGACUGGACUGGCUGAGCAACCAACUGAAGAAUCAGAAAUAAUGCUUCGUGCAGUUAGUGAAUUGUAUGUGAUUAUGAGGAGACGGGGUUGGGCCGAGGCCCAAGGUGGAAGUGUUCAGCCUGGGAGAAUGGGCAGCAUGCUAUUGCAACACCGUGAUGUUCCUGUAGGCAGGACUUGAUGUGUCAUGUAUAAUUAGUAAUCCGACUUGUGUUCCUUGUGUGUGUGUGUGUGUGUGUGAGUGUGUGUGUGCGUGCGUGUGUGCGUGUGUGUGUGUGUGUGCGUGUGUGUGUGCGUGUGUGUGUGUGUGCGAGCUUGUGGGUAAAUAAUAACAAUAUGUAUAAGAUUACAGACAUGCUGGAUGAUUUUUUGAUUGGAUACUGAUUUGAAGAAAAGUUGAUUAAAGUGAUUACGUCACAUUAAAUAGUAAAAGUAAAAAAAUAUUUCCAUUUUUUCACAACAUGUAAGUAAUUCUGUUUACGUAUUAUGGUUAAAUUGCUGCAUUAUACUUCCUAUUUUACUUUAUUGUUUGAUGUAAACAUACACUCGUGACUCAUACAUAGCCCAUAGCAAGCAAUUAAUGUCAGGAUCAUAAUAUCAAAUCGUCCAGGUUUUUUGGAUUUUUAACUAGUUGAGAAACAAUCUUAUCAGGUAAGAAUUUGAGGAUACAUUUAGUUCCGUUAGUACUUACUUUUAAUGUAAAAAAAUGGCAACAAAAAUUUACAAAUAUACACCAUAGAAAAUUCGUGACGUAGUCAAUUUAAGGUUUAAACAAUUUUUAUCCCGUGUUUAAGCCAGCAUGUGGAAAUGUUAACAAAGCAUCACUGAAAAUCCCAUGCAACUUAAAACCAAAUCCCUAGGUCAUACAAUUCAGCUAAAAACGUCAAAUUAUUUUAAACUACUUAUGUUAAUUAUAUCAAACUCCCUUUCAAAGUUUCUAUGUAAUGGUGAAAUAUUUUUACAUGGCAUAAUGUCUAACAGCAGUUGAGCUCGAUGUCGUACGCGAGCUGAACAAUGUAGCACCGCCAGGCUCCCUUAUUGAUGGAAUUGUCCUCUGCAGUCCCAAGGUGAACAUUUCUUGAUGCACCCCUACAAUCACAGGCAUAACUGUAAAAGUAUUUUGGCGUAAUAUGCUGUGUGUGAGAACUGUGUGUGAAUAAAGUCACUAAAUGUGUCCGUGGGUGUGUGGGUGGAUGCGGGCAUAUGCGUGCAUCCUCGCGUGUGGUUUUAAAUGUGCACACUGUUCCAUUGACUACUAAGCAAGUAAGCAGGUGUUGCUUCCAUUACGCCAGCCACCAACAAUCCGGCAGGGGCGCCAGACAGCAGGCAGCAUCAUUGCUGCCGUACUCUUGUCUCGGGUCUUGACUGAGACAGGCUGCAGUACACGUAGCUUUUUACAAAUAUUUAUACUCAUUUGUAGUACAAUUCCUACAAUUGCAAAAGCAUAUGCAUCGCUGCAGUUAAUCUUCUGAAUUGUGGGAUGGAGUGAAUGGUAGCUGUUAUUCACUGGAAAUUCAAACCACCUAAACAUUGGUGUAACUGGCAACCUGGAAAGAGACGCAGUACAUGCGUUUUAUAUUUGGUUAAAAUCGAGAUGUAUUUGUAUGUAAGGUCAGUCAAAACAUACUUAUUUAAAAUGUGCAAGUGAUCAACUGUGUCCCAGGCAGGCCAGCCAGUUUGUGCGUGAGUGUAAGCGUGUUUAAGUUCGGUUUACCGGUUAUAGCAUACUUUGUUUCGAAAAGAAUCGCGUUGAAGUGUGUACAAUGGUCCCGAACCCGCUGCUUAAAAUUCAUUGUAUUCGUACUGGGUGCUCCUGUGCUAACAACUUUCUAGCUGCCUCAGCUGGUACACAAUUGACUUGCACAGCUCUGUGUGCAAAUGUUUUAUUUAGAACCAGCUUUUUAAUAACCUUAUUGCAGUGAACUGUGGCAGUCUUUAAGCUAGUGCGACCUGAAGCCACAAUGUCACUCGGCACAGCUUGGAGUGUGACGAUCCAGAUGAAUAUAGAAUGAACGCAAGUUUUUGAUAUCCUGUACUGUGCAAAAUUCAUUCCCCAUGCAGUUUGUUGUGUUGUGUAUUCACUGUCGAUGUAUUAUUUAUGCGAUGUGGUCUUUGCACAUCACAAAGUACAAGUCUGUUCUCAGAAUGCAGGCAAAUUGGUAGGCAGUAGCCGCAGUACUAUCAUGAACAUAAGUAUGUAUACCUAUAUUAUGCACAUGUUCAUAGCAAUCUGGAUGAAGGUAUUAGUUUUAUCCGUGCCGUAUAACCAUUUCUGCUGAAGCCAUCAUACUAACCUAGUCGGCAUAUCUGGGACGGUUCCUGAUGAUUUAUAGAGAGGGUCUGAGUUUAAUGUUUUGUUCGCUCAAAAUUCUCGCCAGUUGAGAUCUAAAUGUUUGUGGACUUCAUAAUUAUGUUGAACUGUGCUGGUGCAAUAAAAUGAAACACUGACAAUUGAAUCUGCACAUGCUAAAAAAUUCUCUUAUAUUUUACUAUGAAAAAUUAUUUAAUGAAGAUGUUCAAUAGAUAAACAGUUCGAUGCACCUUAUUUGCAAGUUUUGGUCAAGUGCUGUCUGCCAAGAGUAUUAUAUGUGUAUACCUUUGUUGAGAUGUUGAGUCCAUUCCUAACACUAGCAAAAUGAUGGUAAGACUAUGUAGAGCUCUCCUUUCUAGUAAUUAUUAUUGUCUAUGGUUAAUUUGUCACUUCCAUUAUUACUAGUCUUAAGCCAGCAAAUCAAAUAAUAUAUCACAAGUAUGGUAUACAGUGCAUGUUCACAUAUACCCUGGUGAUACUUUAUGCACCAGAAAUAGUAGAAUGUGUAGGUGCUUUUCACUUCACUUGUUAUGUGUCAAUAUAAUAUACAUUUAUAUGUAUAUAUAUAUAUAUAUAUAUUAUAUAUAUAUAUUGACACAACAAGUAUAUAUAUACAAUAUACACUUCUUGGCUCUGGGAGUUUAUGAGGCUUUGAAUGUGUAAAUUUCUUUGUGAUUUUUUGUAUCUGCCCAUCUAUUCUGUAAACAAUGAUAUUAAACGUGACUAUUCUUUCUCCUUAAAAUCA